AUGCCACGCGUUGUCCACGUACUGCGCGCAGGAAGGCUCGGUUACCAAAGCUCACUGAACCUACAGCAGAUAGCUUCGAACAGCGUCCUAAACAGAUCGGAUGGCCCCGUCCGAAAUAUACUCAUCCUGACGGAACACGAUCCGGUUUACACCGUUGGCAUUCGAACCAAGGCCUAUGGGGCGGAGGAAGAGCAACGCCUGCGGGCGCUUGGCGCCGAAUUCUAUCGCACAAACCGCGGUGGACUGAUAACCUUUCACGGACCCGGCCAGUUGGUAGCCUACCCGGUGUUGAAUCUGAGAAACUUUCAACCCAGCGUUCGGUGGUAUGUUUGUCAGAUCGAAAGCACGAUUAUUGAUUUGUGCAGCAAGAUGGGCAUUCGAGCGAACAGGACGCACGAUACCGGCAUUUGGGUGCAGGACAGGAAGAUUUGUGCGAUUGGAAUUCAUGCCAGCAGAUACGUAACGACGCACGGACUGGCGCUGAACUGCAACACGGAUCUGCGUUGGUUCGAGCAUAUCGUUCCCUGUGGAAUCGAGGGAAAGGGUGUCACUUCGCUGAGUGGCGAGCUCAAGCGAGAAGUUGAUGUAGAAGAUGUGAUACCUCAGUUUCUGGGGAGCUUUCGGGAAACAUUGGAGUGUGAUCUGGUGGAAAUGGACGAGGCCGAACGUGGUGAGGUUUUGAAACGGAUUGGUCAGUGAUUGAGGCAUUCUUUUCUGUUGUGUUCUACUGUUGAAAACAUCACCGAUUUUGUGUACAGCCUCCCGAGGCGUAGUUGUAUAUAUUAAUAAUAACUAGCUUGAGGUUUCAUCCCAAAA